UAAAUUCCCCUGGAAUGUUGACCCUCCAGGGUGGGGGUGCUGCGGCAAGGGUGGUGGGUCUUUGCCCGUCCCUCAGCCAUAGCAAAUGACACCAGCAGUUAGUAAUCAGAGGAAUACACUCAGGCUGCCGCAGCCCUUUACCUCCCCUGAAGUUGAUCAACUUCAAGAGAGCCUCAAGGGUGGGCAUGCGAGGGAUUGCACCUUUGCCUGUCUCUGAAUGCAAGCACAUGACAAUGGGAAUUCCUAAGCAGCAGCAAGUCAUCAGCUGCGCUGACAAGCAAGAAGACAGAUGGUUGUCCUGAAUGGCAGACUUGAGACCAUACACGAUGAGGACCUGUGCACAGGUGGUUUCUGCUCUGUACAAGUCUACUGUAUCAAAAUGUCUGGUCUGUUCUUGUAGCUGUUUCGUGGGGUUUGCGCCUUCUCAAUUAACUUCAAACUGUUCCGAUAAGGCCGCAGACCUGAGGUCUUUAUCUGUGUCGUGCCGAGCGCUCUUAGCAUUUUGUGCUGUUUUUCAAGUCUUGCAUGAAUGAGGGCUUUAUCCAAUAUUCUGGAAUGUACAUUGCUAUUCAUACUCUCCUCAUUGACAGUAAAUGAGCUUGAGGUAUUUCAGGGUUGUCAACCGUUGUGUGCAAAUUGAUGGGUUUCUUUCCUGGAAAUCUCAACACCUGCAAGAUGCUGGCUUCAAUUUGUAAGGGCUUGCUUCCUGU